AUGAGUAAUGUGUUGACUCGUGGCCGCCUCUCACAUUCAUUUUCUAACUCUGACCAAGAUGCUUUCGAAAAUGCAAUUAUUCGAGUUGGCACAGAUUUUCAAGCUGACCUUCCGCUUUUCAAUGGUGAACCACCUCCAAGCGUUUUGAAUCAACCAGAUCGGGGAGUUGCUUUAUGGCUUCCAAUACCUGUUAGUCUCCAUAAUCAGUUAGAGGAAUUCUUGAAUACAGCUACUGAAAAAUAUGGUUAUUCAGAAGAACAAGCUCUUGCUUUACUUACAUGGCAUAAAACUGAUUUUGAUCAUGCAUUAUCAGAUUUAUGCAAUUUUAGUCCAAUCAAAUAUGAAUGGACAAUAUCUGAACGAAGAAUAUUUUUUAUAUCUGUUGAUUAUUAUAAUAAACAAUUUCAUCAAAUAAAAAAACUUUUUCCUAAUCGUACUGUCAAUGAAUUAAUUCUAUUCUAUUAUCUUAAUAAACGCAAUCAACAAACAUUGCAUGAAAUGGGUUUAUACGGACCUAAAUGGUCUAGUUUGUAUAAACGUGGUUAUUUAAUCCCAGGCAUUUUACCACCACCGGAUACUGUCCCUGUAAAGACACUGACAAAUAAUCAUAAAAAAUAUACUAUCGAUUUAGAUAUGAAUGAUCCAGUCGAUGCAGAAAUCAAGCGUUAUUUUGAUACUUUGCAUGAUUGUGUAUUGUUACCGGAAUCGGAAGAAUCAACUCAAGACACCGAAACUGGCUGUGGUGGUGGUGGCACAUCAAGUAUGCAAUCGGAUUCCGAGGCAGAAGUGCGUACACCAUCUUCUUCCGCAGUAGCUGCCAAUAUUGAAGGGAGUGAACAAGUAUUAGACUAUGAACAGAAUAAAGUAAGAAAAGAUUCCAACGGACCUGGUCGUAGACGCCGAAAACAAUAUGGUGCUGGCGGUAAAACUCGAUCUACCACUUCAGGAUUUAUUUUAUCCCAAUCAUCAUUAAAUUUAUUACCGGAUGAUUUUAAUCCAACAAAUCGUUUAUCUGUACGUAAACAUGCGCGUUUUGAAGAAGAGAUUGCAGCUGUAACAUCAGCCGCUAUAACUUCUAGUAAUAGUGGUCAGUUACGUGAGAACAACAAAAAGUUAGUUGAAAUACAUACUGGCAUUAAUCCUGGUGUACGUAGUUCCAGAAGAGGUAUAUUGUUUGCUACCACACCACAUACAAUAAGACCAGCAUUACCUUCUGGAGUAUAUCAUUCACAUAGACAAUUUCUUCGAGUAUGUUAUUACACAGCUGACCAAUAUAAUCAAGAAACCGAUCAAUUGAAUAGUACAUUACAGACAUUAUGUAAACAGGUCGAUGAUGGGAAUGAGCUCGCUCAACGAGAAACUCAACUCCUGAAUGGUAUCACUUCGUUACGACCUCCUUCACUGCCUAUUGAUCCGUAUUGGAGUCCAGUGGAUAUACAACUCGCUUGUCAUGCUAUCGGUAAAUUAGGACGUGAUUAUGAAGGUAUCGCUGAGUGUUUAUUAAAUAAAACUCCAAGUAUGGUAGCCACAUUAAUAGAAACCCAUGGACAACACUUGAAUUUGAAUCAAUUAGCAUCAAUGGCUCCAAUUAUCAUACUUUAA